UAGUUUUGCCAAGUCUAAUUGAUAGACUAGGGGACGCUAAGGAUCCAGUUCGAGAACAAGAUCAGAUCCUCCUGUUAAAGAUAAUGGAGCUAUCGGCUACUCCACAGUACGUCUGGGAACGAAUGUUAGGAGGAUUUAAACAUAAGAAUUUUCGAACCAGGGAAGGGAUUUGCCUUUGCCUUAUUAGCACAUUAAAUGCUUAUGGAGCUCACAGUUUAACUCUAAGCAAAAUUGUACCGCAUAUCUGUAAUUUAUUAGGAGAUCCAAACAGUCAGGUUCGAGACGCAGCAAUAAAUAGUUUAGUAGAAAUAUAUAAGCAUGUAGGAGAGAGAGUCCGUGCAGAUCUUCAUAAAAAGGGGCUACCACAAUCAAGGUGCCUUCUCUCGACCCAGGACCCCCGACGAGGAAGCUUCCGCCUGAAAUGGCGGAAUAGGCCUACCUUGGUGAUCUUGUCCCGACAUGAAGUUCUUUAUCAGUGGCUUCUGGGUAUUCCAGGAAAGGUCUCAUCUUGGCUUCAGAUGCGGCUUCCAGGUCUUCUAGUGGCCUAG